AUGAUCUGGAUCACUUCGAAUCUAUCAAAAGGGAUCUCUGCGCUUCAAAUAGAAGAAACAUACAACGGAGUAGAAGGUCGAACGUCGAAAACAACGGGACGCCCCCAACAACGUACAAGUACGAAUAAAAUCAUUGUUGGUCCUUCAUACAUAUGCUAUCGUUGCAACAAGCCAAACCAUCAUUCAAAUGACUGCAAGUAUAAAACAUAUGAAUGCGAGAAAUGCUCCAAAAUCGGACAUCUCGGCAACGCUUGCAAAUCGAGAACUAACAACCAGCAACCAAGCUCCUCAAGAACCCGCGACACAACACGACGACAAGUCAACGCGGUGUCGAGCCUCACAAAUCGAGUGACAAAGACGGUUACCAUCAACGGCAAACCUAUCCAAUUGACACUGGAUACAGACGCACAGGUCAGUCUCAUUUCGACUAGAAUCUGGUCAGCCCUCGGGAAACCGAAACUGGAAACGCCCUCCGUUUCGCUCACGGUAGCGGACGGCAGAUCUCUAAAAGUUCUUGGUACCUUAUCAUGUACCGUCAAAUUCAAUAACUUCGAAUUCCACGGAGAAAGCCAUGUCAGCGAUAAAUGCGAACUCUUUGGACUCGAUUGGAUCAAACGAGAUCCGCAGCUAGAAUCAUUGCUGACGAGCGAUACACAACCUCAAAUACUUCAAGUGGAACGCCGUAAGCCAAGUUAUGAUUCAGAGAGCUUGGAAACAGCCAGAAAGAGAUUCAUGGAAGAAUGUAUGAAACAAUUUCCAGAAAUCUUCUCAGACGGACUCGGAAAGUGCAAGAAUUUCGAAGCGAAGUUCUCCCUGAAGGAUGACAUCAAACCCACCUUCAGAAAGGCAAGACCAGUAGCUUACGCGCUUUUACCGCAAGUUGUAGAAGAAUUGGAGAGAAUGCAAAAAGAAGGUGUCAUCGAAGCAAUCGACCACUCCGACUUCGCCACACCGGUGGUCAUCGUGAAAAAGAAGAACGGAACCAUCAGGAUGUGCGCAGAUUACUCAACAGGAUUAAACAAAUCCAUUGAAGAUGAUGUAUACCCACUCCCCACAACUGAUGCUGUAUUUGCACAACUAAAUGGAGGACAUUACUUCAGUCAAAUCGACCUUGCGGAAGCUUACCUACAAGUACCAGUCGAAGAAAAAUCACAAAAAAUCCUCAGCAUAAAUACUGUCAAAGGAUUAUUCAAAGUCAAACGACUACCUUUUGGGAUCAAGACAGCACCCAGCCAAUUUCAAAGUCUCAUGGACACAGUCACUGCUGGUCUCCCUGGAAGACACCUACUUGGAUGA